AAUGCCAGAAUCACAUCACUCUUCUUCUGUUAAACUUCCCAUGCUAGACAUCUCUCAGCCUUUGAACUCAUUAGCUUCUGAUUUGCCCUCUCUUUCUGAAGCCUUGAAAACAUGGGGUUUCUUCCACAUCACCAAUCAUGGGAUCUCCAAAGAUAUUUUCACAAAACUACAUUCUCUUUCAAAUCACCUUUUCAGCCUCCCUUCUGAUACCAAACUCAAGCUUGGUCCUUUCUCUUCUAUAAAAACGUAUACCCCUCAUUUCAUAGCCUCCCCCUUCUUUGAAAGCCUUAGAGUUUCUGGACCAAAGUUCUCUGAGUCUGCUCAAACUUCUGCAGAUGUUCUCUUUGACCAACACAAUUCUGAAUUCAGUGAGGUAUUACAUGAAUAUGGGAGCAAGAUGGCAGAAUUGUCUCAAAAAAUCAUUAAGAUUGCUUUGAUGAGCUUGCGGGAGGAUUUUGAGAAGAAAUACUAUGAAUCUGAAUUUCAGAAUUGCCAUGGUUACUUGAGAAUGAACAACUACUCAUCUCCUUCAGAUGGUUUGGAAGAUCAUGAUGAGGUUGAAGGACUUGGAAUGCACACAGACAUGAGCUGUGUGACAAUUGUGUACCAAGAUGAAAUUGGAGGACUUCAAGUGAGAUCAAAAGAAGGUAAGUGGAUGGACAUAAGGCCAUGUGAGGGAACCUUGGUAGUGAACGUUGGUGACAUGUUUCAAGCUUGGAGCAAUGAGAAGUUGAGAUCAUCAGAACAUAGAGUGAUUCUCAGGCAGCCUGUAAACCGCUUUUCGCUAGCCUUCUUCUGGUGUUUUGAAGAUCAGAAGGUGAUUUCUGCACCAGAUGAUGUGGUGGGAGAAGGGAAUGUGAGGAUUUAUGAACCGUUUGUUUGCUUGGAUUAUUUGAAAUUCAGGGAGAGCAAUGAGAGAGGGAAAUUUGAGAAGGUUGGGUUUACUGUGAGGGGUUUUGCAGGGAUCAAAAACCAGCAAGUUAUCAAAUGUGACAGUGGGAAGCGUGGCUUGUAAUUAGUGUCUGAGUUAUAGACUUGUUAUUAACCUUAACAUGUCUUGUAAUUAGUGUGUAUAUAGUUUGAAGCUAAAUUAAUUUGUAUAUGCCAGUGUGCUUGAGUGAGAUAUGCAGAGAAGAAAUGGGGUUGGUAGGUUGAGUUUGGGGAGCUUAAUUUGAGUUGUUCAUUAUUUGAAAGGAGAAAGGUGUAUACAGUGGAAUCCCAACUUCCAACCUAUGCAUUCUUAUUAUACUAUCCUUGUAUUGCUGCCUAU